GCGAGCAAAGAAAGAGAGCCGCACCGAAAGCCCCCUUAAACCCCUCUCGCUACUACUACUAGUACUACCCAGCGAGAAAGGGAGACAGACAAACCCAGAUAUGGAUCACAUAGCAGCAGCUGAAGAGCAAAUUGUGACUGAGAGAUUGAGGAGAAAACUCAACCAAGUAAACACAGCAACUCAAACCCAACUCUCUCCUAUCCAAGACCACGUCAAUUUCACUCUUCAGCAAUCCUACUUCAAGUGUGCGUACCAGUGCUUUGACAGGACCAGAACCCAAGAUGAGAUUAACAAUUGUGUGGAAAAUUGCAGCGUCCCUGUUCUCAGAGCCCAGAAUCUUGUUGACACUGAAAUGGCCAAGUUUCAAGAAAGGUUGAAUAGGUCUCUAAUGGUCUGCCAAGACAAAUUUGAGGCAGCCAAGCUCCAGCAGAUCAGAAGCGACGCCAUGAAGGAUUUGGAGUCAUGUGUCGACCAGUCAAUACAAGACAGCGUCAAGACACUGCCACAUCUUGUAGGAAGAUUGAAGUCCUCUCUGUCUAUGAGUGAAUAGAACGACACUGUAGUAUAUGAGUCCCAACUUUUGGCAACUUGUAUAUGUGAUGUGAUACAAUUUAUGAACACAUCGUAGACCUGAUUGGAGGCCAGAAGACAUAAAAAACCAUAUGCUGAUUAUUUUCACAAACUAUAGACUUUAUUAACCAAUUGGUUGACAUAAUUGUUUCAUGAUGUUGCUCACGCGAGUGACAGUGGUUACGAACUUUGGCUUCCAUCUGAAUUACACGGUGAUUUCAUAGAUUAUUUCAAUGCCAGUGCAUUGCUGAAUUUGUGUUAAAAUUGGGAUUGUUCUUUUGCA